GAUUUGGGCAGUGCGACCGACGGUCACUAGCUUGAUGGGGAAGAGCAGUGGCAUCUUUGUAAAUGAAAGGGAAUGAGUGUGGCAUUUUAGUCACUGGAAUCGAGUUAAAACGCUCUGUCCACACACUCGCCCACUCUCUGUUAUUGUGAGCAGACGAGCGAAGUCUAUCGAUCUCACGUCUCUGUACGGUCGCUGGAGAGAGAGAGAGAGAGAGAGAGAAAGAAGGGGACCGACGGAAUUACCGGCCGGCAUUACUUACCUGUAGUCCAGCACUUCAAUUGCUAAUUAGGAAACUCAUGGCGGUCGCCGCUUCAAUCUCCUGCCGAUUGCCUCACGGAAUCUCCGGCGACGGUUGCCUUCUCGUCUUUCGCCCGCUCCCCGUUCGGAUCCCCUGCGGCGCGGCUUCCUCCCGCUGGCCGUUCCGAACGAGAUCCACCGCGGUGCGUUUUGUGCUUAAGGAGGUGGAUAGGGAGGAGGGGAGUAAUGGGGGUGGCUACGUUAAGCUGGGCAAGGCUCUGAUUAAGGGGGGCGAGGAGGCGAAAGAAACAGAGGAGCUGCGAAUUGCUUCGGACCGUCGGGCGGCGGAGAGAAAGGCGAGGAAAGAGGCGGAACGUCGGACGUACCUGAUCGCGGCGGUGAUGUCCAGCCUCGGCAUCACCUCCAUGGCGGUCGCAGCCGUCUACUACCGGUUCACCUGGCAAAUGGAGGGAGGAGAGGUUCCGGCGACGGAGAUGUUCGGGACGUUCGCUCUCUCCGUCGGCGCGGCGGUGGGAAUGGAGUUCUGGGCGCGUUGGGCGCACCGGGCGUUGUGGCACGCCUCGUUGUGGCACAUGCACGAGUCGCACCACCGACCCCGCGACGGCCCCUUCGAGCUCAACGACGUCUUCGCCAUCAUCAACGCCGUCCCCGCUAUCUCCCUGAUGGCCUACGGCUUCUUCAACCGCGGGCUCCUUCCCGGCCUGUGCUUUGGCGCUGGCCUCGGGAUUACGCUGUUCGGAAUGGCCUACAUGUUCGUCCACGACGGGCUGGUCCACCGCCGAUUCCCGGUGGGCCCCAUCGCCAACGUGCCCUACUUUCGCCGGGUGGCCGCUGCCCACCAGAUCCACCACAUGGACAAGUUCGAGGGGGUGCCUUACGGACUGUUCUUGGGCCCCAAGGAGCUGGAGGAGGUGGAUGGCCUGGAGGAGCUGGAGAAGGAGAUAGUCAGGAGAAAUAAACUCUACAACAGCUCCAAUUAACCUCAGCUGAAGCUUGAUUUUCAUUUUCCUCGCCUUUUUUGUUUUGUAUGUUUCGAUCCAGUAGUUUGUCCUCGGAUUGCCGUAGUUAAAGAGAAGAUAACAUACAGUUUGCUGUAUAGAUUGUACUUGCAGUUUUUUUUUAAUGGGCAUUCUAUCAAA